UUUUAAAAAUCCACAUAAUAAAAUCGAAAAAUUGGAAAAGGAAAGCUAACUCAUUUUCUUCUCUCUAAGUCUAUCCCCAUCCUCUCCCCUUACUUUAUCCACUAAUUUCGAAAUUAAAUGGCGAUGAAUAAUACGACGACGGCGUAUGCCGGUUGGGAGGAGGUGUUGUUUUCGACGGAGAAGGGGCGGCGGGAGGUUCACUAUUAUCUCAAACGCUGCGGCGGCGGCGGCAGAGAUCUGGUGGUUGUGGGGAAGGAGAAGAGCGCUAGGAAUAUGCCGUAUCAUUACAAGAUUAGGGAUAACAAAUUGGCGCCCUCGAUUUUGAGCGGCGCUUCGGGGGUGAAGUUGAGGUCGAGACGAGAGGUCGUCGACUGGCUGGAAUCAAUAAUUUCAGAUGACCAGCCGAAUAGUUCUAGACAAUUUGGAAGUAGUAUGGAUAGGGAUUUGGAUGAUGACGUUAUUGAGGAUGUUAUGAAACAGAAGUUAGGUCGGUAUAAAGCUGAAUCUAUGUGGAUAGGUUCUUCGUGGAUGUGCCGGAAAAGGCGUAGUCAUUAUCAAUCGUUCUGUCACAAUGGAGCUGUGAUUUCUGCUCAGGAAUUUGUGUAUGUAUUGGCUGAAGAAGGCAAAAGACUUGUUGCUUACUUAGAUGAUAUGUACGAAGACAUCAGAGGAAACAAGAUGGUUGUGGUACGAUGGUUUCACAAAAUUGAUGAGGUUGGUUUUGUUUUACCUCAUGAUUAUAAUGACAGAGAGAUUUUCUUUUCUCUGUGUCUUCAAGAUCUCAGCAUAGAAUGCAUUGAUGGAUUAGCAACCGUUCUCAGUCCAGAACAUUAUGAGAAAUACAUAAGCGAAGCAACAAAUACACUGUUGAUGCCUUUUGUGUGCUCUAAACUCUUUGAGAAUAAUGAUGUUAAGCCUUUUGACAUAACACGAGUUAAAGGUUAUUGGAAGCAGGAAAUAUUCAGGAAGUCAAAAAGAACUGUUGGCGAGUCUGUUGGAUUAAAACCCAACAAGAGAAUUCGCUGGUCUAAAGAGAGUGAGCUAUAUUCAAAGUCCCCUGACAAUGGAGAGUCUGGUGUGACCAGUUUACAAGUCAUUAGUGGCACUUCUCUAGAGUGUAAAGUGGGGGUAAAAAAAGGUAACAAGAAGGAAUAUGGCUCCUGUAUAUCUUUGUCAGCUCGAGAUAAUACUCCACCACCCAAGUCUGAUAAAUAUUUUGCUGUCGGCUCCCAAGUUGAGGUGCUUUCUCAAGAUAGUGGCAUCAGGGGCUGCUGGUUCAGGGCUUUGAUUAUUAAGAAACACAGAGAUAAGGUCAAAAUACAGUACAGGGAUGUCAAGGAUGCAGUUGAUGAAUCAAAAAAUCUAGAGGAGUGGAUCUUGGCCUCUCGAAUCGCUAGACCAGAUGCAUUUGGUAUUCGUUUGUCUGGAAGGACCACUGUUAGACCAACCCUGUCUUCUGAAAAGGGGAACAUAUCUUGUGCAGUAACUAUCGGCACUGUUGUUGAUGCUUGGCGGCAUGAUGGAUGGUGGGAAGGGAUUGUUGUGAAGAAAGAAUCUGAGGAUAGGUUUAAUGUCUAUUUUCCAGACGAAAAGCAAGAGUUUACGUUCCAUGCUGGUGAUUUGAGGCAUUCAAAUGAGUGGUUCGACAAUACGUGGCAAAAUAUCAAGCAAAGGCUGGAUGUUCUAUCGGCUCUCUAUGGCAGCAACAAAAUAUCCGAUACCAAGAAAGAUGAGUUGCCUUCAUUCGAUAACAGAGAAAUUGCUGCUGCUUCCUUGAACGAAGAUGCUUUGCAUCAGAAAGUGAUCAAAACAGGCGAUCCAACGCCAGUCCGAGAUGGUAAAAUGGUAGUUGAGUCUCAAGCUUUCAGAGACCUAACAAAAGAUUGUCUGCUUGGUCAGCUGCGAUGGAGAUCAUCAGGGAAAAGAAGACGCUCUCGAAGCCCUGUCAAGGCCGGAGUGGAGGCAGCAUUCGCGGGAUUCUUUGUUAACUCAGCCUUGAAGUUAGAUCCAGACAACUGUAAAUCUUUAAGAGAUUCUCGUUUCAGUUCAUCUGUCGUCCCACCUAUGUCAAACUUGGUUGUGUCAAGGUGAUGCUCCUCAGUUUCUGGUGUACAUAUGCAGCUGUUGUUCAACCUGACUUAGAAUGUAGAUUUCCAUAAUUUUGUGUAGAGAGAUGUUUAGAAAAUCGAGAAGCGCAGCCCCUGAAGAGCUUGCCCCGUGUAUAAAUUAGGUGACCUGAGUGUGCCAUGUUGCUCUCAGAUCCUAGGCAGUUUUGGUGUAGCAAAAAAGCUUUAGGUGAUUCCCAAUUACUUAGGAUGUAUCUGGAUUUCUACUGAAAUCCGUUGUAGACUGUAAUUAUUCUUUUUAAAUCAAAGUUGUGUAAGUUGUUCCA